ACAGGCUAAUGGAGGCCUGAGGCCUCCAGGAGUUAGGGAACAGUCUCAAACACUGUGGCCUGGUGGGUAGGGCUCCUGGUGCUCCAGGCAGGGAAAGGAGAGCCCACUACUGGCCCUGACACCACCCUCCACCCACUCACCCUCUGUGACUACCCUCUAUGGGAGGAGGGUCAUCACAUAAAAAUUGUGGAGACCCUAGGAGGUGUAUUCAUCCCUGGUCUGCCUACUGGCCAUUCAUGAAAGGAGAACAGUGGUAGCCAUAGUGAUAGUAACUGUUUCUGGUCCUUUCCUUGCUCAUUUAUAUCUGACAUCUCAGGAAUGGUUGGAAGUGUACAUACUGCACAAUAGGAAAUCCUCCAAGACAGCAACAUGACAGGGAAUCUGAAGUCCUGGUGAAGGUUAUGGGGCCUGAAGAAAAUCUGAAAUGUGCGUUCCUCCUCUUAAAUGUCUAUGGCCCUUUAGAGAGCAAAGUUUUCUCAAAUGUUCCACAUGAAAAUUAUGUUGAGGAGGCUUCUCGAUGCCUAGAGAAACUUAGGAAGUUGGAUGAAAUCAAGAAGAGUCUAAUUAAGGGAGACUACCCCUAUGUGGGACAUUUUGUGCGGGCCAUGGAAGAAUUCUUCACUAUCCCCAGUGUAAGUGCUCCCCGGCUUCUAUAUCAUUUUCCUUCCAUUAAGUCACUCUGCCUUCAUUUCCUGGUGCUGGGAAAUUUUAGAGUUUCUCUCAUCAUAUGAAAGGCCAUAAUAAGCAAGGGUUCAGGAAGUGAGUAGGUUUUUAAAUUCAGGAUUUAAGCUCACCAGGGAGAGUAACAGUGAGUCAGAAGGUUUCUCUGCAGCCAGAACCCCAGCCCCUGAGGGCUCCUUCCCCUCUGAAAAGGUGUCAGAUGCCCACAGAGAACAGUCACUUCCUCCCUGCUCCAAACCUAAGGAGAGGAUUUUACCCUAAAGUCAUACUGUCCUUCUUGCCUCUCCCCAAAUAUACUCACUCAGAACUCUCAGGGAUCCCAAACUGCAGAGUCCUUUGCAUGUGAAUGGACUAUGUACUUAACAGGGGACUCAAGAGGGGAAUAGAAGUGACAAGGUGAAAGGAAGGUUACUGGUUGUACAUAGACAUCUGUGAUAUUUGAUUGUUACUAAGAUCUUAGAUUACUUUUCUAAUUCUCACUGAAAGAGACAACCCAAACCUAAUGAGUAAGAGUCCUCCAGUGUAGUAAUGAUUUCCCAUUUCUAUCUAGUUAGGUGGAAGUAAUC